GCGGCCGCCUGGGACGCGCUCAUCCUGCGGCCCGCGCGGCGCUGGGGCAGGGUGGCCGUCGGAGUCAAUGCCUGCGUAGAUGUGGUCCUCUCUGGUGUGAAGCUGUUGCAGGCGCUUGGUCUUGAUCCUGGGAAUGGGGAAGAUCAUGCUGUUCUGAAUUCCAAAAAAGACCUGAAAGAAGCAUUUUCUCAUUUUAUGCAAAAAGGGGCAGCUGCUGAACGCUUUUUCAGUGAUGCAGAGUCUUUCCAUCACAUUGCACAGGCAGCCUCUGAGUACCCUGGAGCACAGUUCUAUGUGGGAGGAAACGCUGCUCUGAUCGGCCAGAAGCUUGCAACAAAUCCACACCUGAAGGUCCUUCUUUGUGGCCCAGUUGGUCCUAAACUCCAUGAACUACUUGAUGAUAAUGUAAUUGUCCCACCAGAAUCUAUGCAGGAAAUCGAUGAAUUCCACCUUAUUUUGGAGUAUCAAGCAGGUGAAGAAUGGGGACAGGUGACAGCUCCCAAUGCCAACCGUUUUAUUUUCUCUCAUGAUCUGUCAAAUGGUGCCAUGAAUAUGCUGGAGGUGUUUGUGGCAAGCCUGGAUGAAUUUCAGCCAGACCUUGUGGUACUCUCAGGCCUUCAUAUGAUGGAAGGACAGAGCAAGGAAAUGCGUGCAAAGAGACUAUUGGAGGCUGUGACUUCCCUCUCAGAUAUCCCCACUGAUAUUCCUAUACACCUGGAAUUGGCCAGUAUGACUGACCAGGAUCUUAUGAGCAAGAUUAUGCUUCAGGUCUUUCCCCUGGUGAACUCUAUUGGGCUAAAUGAACAAGAACUGUUGUUCCUGACUCAGUCAGCUGCUGGUCCUCACGCCUCCCUGACCUCCUGGAAUGGAGUUCCAGAUGUGGGCAUAGUCAGUGACAUCCUGUUCUGGAUCCUGAAAGAGCAUGGAAGGACCACAGAUAAACCGUCUGAUCUUACCCGCAUCCAUUUCCACACACUGGCCUACCAUGUCCUUGCUACUGUGGAUGGGUAUUGGGGUAACCAGAUUGCGGCUGUGGCUGCUGGAGCCAGAGUGGCGGGGACACAGGCUUGUGCCACUGAGACCAUUGACACUGACAAAGUCUCUCUUAAAGCUCCCCUGGAGUUUGUGACCUCCCAGACGCAGAUAAACACCAAAAUCUCUCUCAAUCCAGGGGAGCCAGUGGCACACUGGCAGAGGGAGGGCAUCUCAUUUCAUUUCACCCCUGUUUUGGUGUGCAAAGAUCCCAUCCGGACCGUGGGACUUGGAGAUGCUAUUUCAGCUGAAGGACUCCUAUAUUCAGAAAUAUAUCCUCAAUAGACUAUGAAAACAAGGCCCCCUUUUUCAUCCAAGUCUACAUAAUGUCUGAGGCACCACUGUGUUCUCAUAGGAUUCCAGACUUUAGGGGUGUUAAUCGAUCUCUGGAUAUAACCUGAGAAGAGCCAAAGAAUAAUUCCAGGUAUAAACAUUCCAGCCACUACUUGGCAGUGACUUGAGAACAUUUCUCAUUUUAAUGUAGAGGUUUUAGUAUUUUAAUGUGGAGACCAUCUUUUUUUUUGUCUUCAGCUUGUCAUGGGGAGGGAAACUGGUAUCAGAAUCCUUGUUUGGUAAUUUGUUAAUUUGAGCCAGCCUUGUCUGUAGUGCUUGAAUGCAUGGCAGCCAAAUGGAGAAUUUCAUGCGUAUGGAUCCCGGAGAGAACACAGCAGUCCUCAGCCCUGCCUUGCUUCUGAUAAAGCAAAAAAUAAAAGGAUCUUGCUUUAUCUCCCAGCAGCACAUUGCUACAUGGCAAGGGGAAGCCUUCCACUUGCUUGGUAUUAUGAUUAAAUUGUUUAUUGACACAAUUACCUCUCAUCCUCAACAUCCCAAACAUAGGAGGAAGCCAGAGAAAAGUGCUGAACUGUGAUACGUACUGUACUGGCUCCCCAGAUGCAUGGAGCUGGAGAGAUCCUGAUUGAAGAUUAUAUAGGUUGUUUGGCUAUCAGUUCCUGUUAUAAUUGGGGAUACUUAAAUGCACCCAUGUUUUCUACCUUUUUGGUUUCUGGGUAGGUCUGUGUAAGACAAUCAAUCACACAUAAUAUUUUCACUGGUUGUUUAGCUACUUAUCUGCAAAGUGAGCCAUGAAACUAAACCUGCAUUAUAUCUGGAACUACCCUGCUUUUCAGCCAGUGAGGUUCAUGCCUUUUUCAUUUGUAUGUUCGUUAGUUUUUGCCUAACCUCGUUCUCCAGUUCAUGAAUAACUAUUACUGCUUAAUACUGGGCUUUUGGUUGGGUUUUUUUGUGCCAGCACAGUCGUAUAAUGCUCUUGGACCAGCUUAUCUGACAAAAUGUGGGGGGCAUGUUCUUCUGGGUGGUCUCUCUGGAGACAGAAGUCAUUUUUGUUUACGAAAUAGCUGAACUGCACUAUCCUUGGAACAUUAAAAUUUCUCCUUAUCCAGUGGUCACAGAUGCAAGGAGGAAGCUUUCCAGUCAAGUUUGGGGAAUGUUUGUUUCUGUGUGUACACAAUUUAUUAUUAGGGGCUCAAGUGUGGAUAUAAUUCCACUGCUUAAGUCACAGAAAAGGUAUGCAUGUAUCAUCAUUUGAUGCAUAAGAGGACUGCUUUGUAUCACGGCAUAUCUCACUGAAAAGUCAUUUAUGAAACGUUUCCAUUUUCAUCCUGGUACUAGCAUCUCCUAUUCAUAACACUGUAACAGGAGCUUCUACAAGAGGCUUUUCAGAAACUCUGGGCAUCUCUUUACACAGAUGUGAAAUAUGAAUUGACUUGGAUUGUAAAUUCCAUAUGACUGGCAUGUCUGGGAGAUCCUAGAUUAUAAAAUAAUUAGUGGUAGGGGCUUGGAGCCAGCACCCAUAUCUCUGUUGCAGAUGGGAUCAGUCCAGUGUUGCAGAGGUCAACGCUGUGAUCUGAUUCACUAUUGCUCUAAGUAGCAGUUUGUUCGAGGCAAAAACAAAACUGCCACAAGGGUCAUAAACUCUUGUAAGUGGAGAUGGACAGACAAACUGAGGAGGUCAGUGUGAAGGUAAAACUUGGCAGCUCUUACAAGCCCUUCCCAACACAACAUGUGGAGGUGUUCACAAAGCAACCGUUGCUGGCUUCUCCAGAAUUCAGAGGUAACAGAAUGGUGCUAAAUACCUGCUGAGGAAAGUCCCCUGUAGCACAAAGGCAAGACAAAAAAAAAUGGCUCUGUAGUGUGCGCUUGUAGUUGCUGACUUACACUAGUUUUGUCUUGGGUUUGAUGCUCGUUUCAGUGAGGCUUCUUAAUUACGUGGACUUUUUUUUUAUUAGUGUGAUUGUACGGUACUUUGCAGCCCUCGAACAUAUAUUGAAUGAACUCUCAACGAUAGAGUCUUAAUCUUAAAAGGAACACUGAGCAACAUACAUCCUGCCUUUAUUCUUCUCCUUAUUCUGUGUUUAUGAGGGUCUUUCUAAGCCAGUAAUACCUCUCUCUCUUGGACUUCUUGUAACUUGUAGGAGCUGUGCUGUUCUGUGUUACCACUUAAUGUUGGAAAACUAGUCUCUGCACUGAGUGUGGGCAGGAGUCAUGCUCCGCUUGGAGGCUUGGCAGCUUAAAAUUAAUGUUUGCUGGCAACUUUCACAGCCACCAGAUUCAAUUAGUGAGAAUGAUCCCUAAUAAGUGUGACUGAUGAUUCAUAAAUUUUA